CCAUCUUGGUCGACACCCACCGCCGGGUUGCAUUGACUGCAGUGCUGUACAGUGCAGUCCAAUCACAGUAUUAAGCUGACCAAACUGGAGGACGGCUCUGAUUUUCCUGCUGCUGCUCUCUUUGCAUUUUAAAUCCCCCCCUUCUCUGUCUGCACAAAAGGGCCACAUCGAGGCUGAACAGGAGGAGGAGGAGGAGGAGGGGGAGGGCAGGGCAGUCUUUCUCAACACGGCAGCAGAAGCGCAUUUCCCUCAGUUGUGAAAAGGAGGAGAGGAGGAUGCAGACGUAAAAGAAGAAGAAAACACCUGCUGAACGCUGCUGUGGCCUUUUUCCCUGUCGUGGCCUUUUCUUUCCCCUUUUGUUUUGGUGCCAGUUCAUCCUCUCCGACUCCCUUCACCCCCCUAGUGGGAUUUUUGGGCCGCCUCACAGCUUUUCCGGAACCAGAUCCAGGUCUACUACGCCUUUUCCCCUCCUCCGGUUGUUGUUGGUUUUGCAUCAGCUGAGUCAUCAUGUCUGAUCUGACGCCUCAGAGCGAAACCCCGACUCCUACCACCGACAAGAUCACCCAGGCUGCCCGCGAGACCAUUUAUCUCUGCAACUUUCGCGUGUCUGUUGAUGGCGAAUGGCUGUGUCUGCGCGAGCUCAACGACAUCUCCCUCACCCCAGACCCAGAGCCGGCACAUGAAGAUCCCAAGGAUCCCAUCGCUAUUGAGAGGCUUAACUUGAUGAACAUGGCCAAACUGAGCAUUAAAGGUCUCAUCGAGUCCGCUCUGAACCUGGGUCGUACACUGGAUUCUGACUAUGCACCUCUGCAGCAGUUCUUUGUGGUGAUGGAACACUGUCUGAAACAUGGGUUGAAAACCAAGAAGACUUUUCUGGGUCAGAACAAGUCCUUCUGGGGUGCAUUGGAGCUGGUGGAGAAGCUGACGCCUGAAGCAGGAGAGAUCACUGCCAGUGUAAAAGACCUGCCAGGUCUAAAGACUCCUCUGGGCAGAGGCAGAGCCUGGUUACGACUGGCCCUGAUGCAGAAGAAGCUGUCUGACUACAUGAAGACCAUCAUCAACAGAAAGGACCUGCUCAGUGAGUUUUAUGAGCCAAAUGCACUUAUGAUGGAGGAGGAAGGAGCAGUGAUUGCUGGGCUGCUCGUUGGACUAAAUGUCAUUGAUGCUAAUCUGUGCAUGAAGGGAGAAGACCUGGACUCCCAGGUGGGAGUGAUUGACUUUUCCAUGUACCUGAAAGAUGGAGGACACAGCAGUAAGAGUACAGAGGGGGAUGGUCAGAUCACAGCGAUCCUGGAUCAGAAGAACUAUGUGGAGGAGCUGAACAGGCAUUUAAGCGCGUCGGUAAAUAACCUCCAGGCCAAAGUCGACGCUCUGGAAAAGUCCAACACAAAGCUCACAGAAGAACUUGCAGUGGCAAAUAACAGGAUCAUUACUUUACAAGAGGAUGUGGAAAGAGUAAAGGAGGAGAGCUCAUAUCAGCUGGAGUCCAGAAAGGCCUUAAGAAGUGACUCUGCAGCAGAUGGACAGACGCUGGGAGAAACACGCAAGCAGCUCAAAGAGGAAACUGUGCUGCGAUUGGACGUGGAGAAAGAGCUAGAGGUACAGAUUGGGAUGAAGCAGGAGAUGGAGUUGUCCAUGAAGAUGCUGGAGAAGGACAUCUGUGAGAAGCAGGAUGCUCUGGUGGAGCUUCGACAGCAGCUGGAAGACCUGAGGGCCAUCAAUCAGCAGAUCAGCCACAAGACACAGAGCGCAGAGGCCAGUUCUAAACAGAAGAGUGAAGUCAUUGCCCGCCUGGAGGAGAAAAUCAACCAGAUGACCGGGACUGUAAAACAGCUGGAGACCAGAUGCAGACAGGUUGAGAAAGAGAAGGAUCUGGCUUUAGAGGCCAACCGCCUCUUUAAACAGGAGUUUGGAGAUAAAAUCGACAGUCUGCAGGAGGAGGUGGAGCAGCUCCGGAAACACAGGUCUAAACUGGAGCAGGAGUUGAGAAGAAUCAGUACACCAAGCAGGGACACAAAACAGCCUGACAAUAUGGCAAAAAGUUUCCCAGAGUCUCCGUUGAUGAAGAAGGACAGUGAUCAGUUCCACCAGGGACAGGAGGACAAAUCCAGUCUGAGCUCCAGUUUGUCUUUGUCACAGCAUGAGGAUGAACAGGUGAGGUUUCACCGGGACGAGUUGGUUGUGGAGGUCAGUCUGCCUUCACACUGCACCAGAUGUGAACAUCCAGACUCCCUGAUGAAGGUUAAGAGACAGUGUAAGAACUGCGGUGGUGUUUUCUGUGAGAGCUGUGUGUCCUACGAGCUGCCUUUACCUUCAUCCAUUCAACCAGAGAAUGUGUGUGAUGCCUGCUACUGUCAGUUACUGCAACAGUACGCCUCCACCCCCACAUGAAAACACACACAUGCUGACACACACCACCAACCAAAGUCACUUCAUGACUGGAACAAGUAAAAAAUGUGCAGGUUUAGGGGGGGUUGGGGUUAGGUAUGAUUCCUGAUCGCCCUGCAGCUCAUUUUUACAUACUCAUGGUUAAACUAAGAGAACGUACAAUGACAACACCGUUGGAAAAGACUAGUAUUAAAACAGCAUCUCAUUGAUUUAAAACUGACUUUAUAGUGUCCACCAAGUGGAUGAUCAAUGGUGAUUAUGGUUUGAGAGGCAAUAUUUUAAUCUUUACCAAUGGUUUUUUUGGUAUUUUAACUCAAAACUGGACUCCACACAUAAAAAGAUGGCUGUCAAAGUUUGAUGUUGCAUGAAGUUUCAUCAUUUUAGCUUCAAGAUUCAGGGAAAAUACUGGAAAAGUCAAAUAUAUCAGUACAUGAAUAGUUGAUUCAAAUGUUGGUUUGACUC